CUACAAAUCUAUUACAUUUAUUGAGCAAGUGUUAACUUAAUUGACUGAGUAGAGCUAACAAACAAUUGCUGGAUCAGAUGCAGAACGCAGUAAAGAUACCGCGACCCAAGACUUUAAAAGUCACCAACAAAGCACUUAGAUAUACGUUACUCUAUUUCGGUGUGUUCGGAGGUUUUGGUCUAUGGUUCAAACAGUGGCAUGCUAGUUACCUAAGAUGUGGCCUACCCAAGGAGGAGUGGCAGAACUAUGAUGAAGCAUUCAAGAACAAGGAGGACAAAAGGUGGAAUAUCGACAGAAAGGAAAUACAGCCCGAUUACUACAAAGACGUCAGUGCAGUUCAGAACGUUAAAAAGUUUUGGAAAUCAUUAACUGGUGCCGAAUGAGAUGGAAUAUCUGAAUUUUGUUCUCUGGUAUGAUGAUAUGUUGAAGUGAAAUUUGGUGGUAUCCCGAGAUUGUGACCCAAAGCAGAUGAAUAAGUGCACAAAUUUGCCGUGACCAGACAAUGAAAAGUUUAUCGUUUGAUGUUAAUUUAUUUAUAGUGCGUGAUAUCUAAUUGCUUUUU